UAUUCCUAACGCUUAGCCCGUUGAGCCACACCGCCGCGCCAUAUAUAUCCUUUUCUUGGUAUGGCAAAAUCUCUCUGCCCCCUGAAUACAGGGAUUAAUAUGUAAAUCCUAUUCUAUCCUAAGUACUUUUGGUACUGAACUAUACCAGAACUAUACCAGCUUUUCUUGUCUGUCUCUUGUCUGCAGAUACUUAAUCCCAUCUGUCCAUUGCUUAUUAAAAGAUAAGUAGCAUGUCUUUGUUUUUAUUUUUUUAUUCAUGUUCUGUUUUGUCUGUUUGUACACAAAGAUUGAAAUAAUAUUGUAUUGUAUUGUACGUUAACUAACAAAAUCAGGAAAUAUUGACCCAUAGUAUACUAUAUGGGGUUCGCGAAACACUCAGUGCAGCAGUGAGUCACCCCAUUAGCCACACCUUGUUACUGAUUUACGGUAGCCAACUACUUUUUUAUCUAUCUACAGAGUUCUAAUUUGAACUUUAAUUUAAAUACUUAGUUAAGCCUAUAAAAUUCUUCUGUCUCCCAAACAAAAUGACUAGUGCUGUGCCCUUGCAAGAAAUAAAAAACAUUUUGUUGGAAAUAAUCCACGAACUAGGGAGAGAAGAUAACGCGAUUGUCUUGAAUCAAUUCACUGACAGACGUGAUAAUGACGCCGUUGCACUGGCGCAGAAUGUAUUCCCUUUCAUUGCGAAGAUUGAGCAAGAUGUGAUUGGUCGGCAUGGAUUUACACCUAAUGAACGCGGACUAUUGGAAUUCGUACAUUGUGUACGUUUCUACGAAGAUCAAAAUGAGGAGAUAGCACGAAUGCAUAGCAGGAUCAGAUCUUAUUAUUUGCCACCUAUGAAAUUUUAAUAUCUGGCAUCCCUCAUCUGAGGCUUGCGUAUCCUCGACUCAUUCAUAAGGCUUACAUUGUAUGGCUUACUUCCUGCCAAGAAUAAGCUGAUAUACUCUCUCAGAAUAUGACUAUGCAGUCUUGAUUACAAGCCACGAAAUAGGAUAAUGUCUUCAAUAUAAGCUAGAUGGCGGACAUGGGAGCCAUAUUAAAAAUUUGUGUCUUCUUUGUUGGUAAUUAAUCUCCAACAUAACACAAAAUAGGACAAGCAUUCUCAGGAAUUCAUUUUCCAUAUUAUAUAUUCAAGUAUUUUUAUUGUCACCUAGAGUGAUUUCUAAAUGCAUGCACAAAACAUUUUUCAAACAGUUGAAUUUCUUACUUAUUGAAAACAACUUCUUAUAUACUUCGAUACUACAGAACAUAGAACAUUUUGAUUAUCUCAAAUUAAAGUUUUGGACACUCGCUGUAACAACGGAAACAAUGUGUGUUGUGCCAAGGCAUCAUUAUGCACCAGAAUACACAGGUACUUGUUCUGACCCGACAUUCCUUCUUCAGACGAAUCGCUUUGUGAUGGACAAUUUGUCUUGAUUUUGAGCCACGGAAAUAAGAUAAUUUUUUCAAUAUAACCUAGAUGGCGGACAUGGGAGCCAUAUUAAAAAUUCGUGGCUUAUUUGUUGUUAAUUUAUCUCCAACAUUACACACAUUUUUCUAGUGCAAGAGGACAAGCAUUUCCAAGAAUUUAUUUUUCAUAUUUUAAUGCCUGAAGUAUUUUUAUUGUCACUGAGAAUUAUUUGUAAAUGCACGAAAUUUUUUUAAACAGUUGAAUUUUUUUACUUAAAAAAAACUUCUCAUGUACUCCAUUGCUACAGAAUGUCACUCUUGCUGUCAUCACAUAUUGACUACCACACAGUGAGCUAAGAUUCUGGCCAGACACGCAUCAGUAAUCUUAUUGCAUGUUGUCAAAGUAAACCUGACCCAGUUGUUUUUUUGCCAGAAUUUGUUGUAAAACCAUAGGAUUACCAUAGGCACAAUUACACAUUCUAUUUUUUUAUGAUCCCUACUAAGUUGAUAAUUCGGAAUAUUUCGAAGUUUAUUUUAAAUUAUUUGCUUGAUUUUUUUUAUUCUGGUGAAAUUGAAGCUGGUAACACUUGGCAACAACUGAGUUAGAGUUUAUGGUAUUUAUGAUAUCAGUAUACACCGACAGACUCAAGGACUUGUCCCAACCUACAUUCCUUCUUUUGACAGAUCUCUUUGUGAUGUUUCAUAUUAAUGUCAUUUGAAUUAUUGUUUUCAUCAGCGUCUUUUUGUAUUCUUCGUACCUUCUGAACAAUGAACUACAUGAGCAGCCGCUGGUACAGAAACAGUUACUAUGUUCUAGAAGGACAAGAACUUCCUCUGGUUAAACAUCUUUUACCCAGCGUUAUUGGAAAUUGCAGAUUGUCAUUAUUGGACAUGAUCGUCUUGUUAUUAUAUUGUUGAUCAUCAUGUUAGUAUUUCCUUUCUCUAUUCUUUUUGUUGUGAAAAAAUAGCUUUUAUCAUUCACCACCGGACCAAAUGCUUUGAAAUUUCCAGUGGUUAUAGAUUUAAAAUUUUUGCUAGAAGGCUAUUGCAUGUUGGCGUUUCAUAUUUACAUAUAUUUGUGGUUGUUAGCGAUUUUUUUUAUUAUUUUAUUUAUCAUGUUUCAUGCCAUUUUUUUGUAUUUUUUUUAUCUUUAGUAAUUAAAUUUUAAUAUGAGGCUCUUCGCCUUCAAACCGUAAAUUUUUAUCACCUUGAAUGUUAGUUGUUAUACAGAAUUAUACAGCAUUCCCAUGUGGAUAACACCUAUUAGAGCACAGUAAAGAGCAAAAGGACUCCUGGGAUUUACGUCCGCUCGAUAUUAGCGGUGGAAUUACGUUUGAUCUGCGCAGAAUGGGAUGUACGAAGUGUCAGACUAUGGAAUUUAUAAAUAUGCAAAAUAUAUUAAAAUACUUGCUUUUCAUUUUACUUUUUUCUAAAAAUGCACUUCUGCAAGGAAUGGAACCUCCAUCUGAUGCAAAAAUUGACACCCAAUGCACUGACCAGCAGUUCACAUGUUUGAGAGGAUCGAAAAAAUGUAUUCUAUCAAAAUGGAGAUGUGAUAGAGAUCUGGACUGUGAGGACGGCUCAGAUGAAAGAGGUUGUGGUUCAGAUCUUGCUUCUUGCAAACCGCACGAGUUCUCCUGCAGAGAUAGAUCGGAAAAAUUAACAUGCAUCGCUCAAGGAUGGACCUGUGAUGGGGAAAUGGAUUGCCCAGAUGGCUCUGAUGAAGCUAAAGAUAUGUGCAAAGCCAAAUGCAAGGUUGAUGAAGAUAACUGCUACAGCGACGCCUCUGUUUGUGUCAAGUUCAGUCAAAUGUGCAACGGAAGAGUUGAAUGCCCUGAUGGAUCGGAUGAAGGGAACCAUUGCUCAGAGGUUCUCUUGCCUGGAGUGAAGCAGCCUGAGUUCUGCAAGAAAUGCCAGUCAUUUUGCACUGUUCGACCAUACAUUGAUCAAAUCGACGACAAUGCAGAAUAUCAGUACACUUGCUAUUGUGGAGAAGGACAGAAGCUGAAUCCUUUGGAUAAUAGAACAUGUGUUGACAUUAAUAUGUGUGAAGAACACGACGUGUGCGAGCAAACUUGCACUGAUGGUCCGUUGCUGACGUAUAAGUGCUCGUGUGCUCCUGGAUUUACUCUAGAAACCGGUGUUUCGCUUUCUGUUUCGGGAGUUUCAGUCUCAGUGCCGAGCCAUUGCAAAGUGAACAAGGCAAGCUCAGCGUAUAUCCUGGUUGCAACAGCCACCUCUGUAGAAGGAAUUUCUCUCACUGGUCAAGUAAUACCUUCUACAGCAAUUCGAGGAACACAUACUUCGCUUGCUAUGGUGACUGAUGUUGCAGGGAAGAGAGCCUGCUGGAUUGAUCGAUACAGGGAUGUAUCGGAAAGCUUCUUUGUGUGUGCUCCGUUGAAUAAACUAAGAAGCACAAAGAAGAUACCCUUAUUAUACUCUGUGCAAAAUGUGGAACAGAUUGCCUUCGACUGGGUUACAGGGAACUUUUAUUUUCUUGAUGACAUUGACAACCGCUUAUUUGUUUGUGAUCCAACGGGGAAGACAUGCGUAACGAUUCUUAGCUCGAACCUGAAUAACCCAACUGGUAUCGCUCUUGAUCCAAAGGAAGGGAAAAUCUUUUUUACUGAUCAUGGAACCGCUCCGAAAUUAGAGAGAAUAAACAUGAAUGGAGCAGAACGGAAGCAACUCGUCAUAAUGAAAAUUGUUCUACCACUCGGUGUCACCCUUGAUCUAUUUGGGAAACGAAUAUACUACGUUGAUGCUCAUAUUAAUUAUGUGGAAUCGAUUGACUAUGAUGGAAAGAAUAGGAAACUGAUUGUUGAAUCUGAAAGUAUGCAGAACUUACAUAGGAUCACAUACUUCGAUGGUUACCUUUAUGCAACCAACUGGCAAAACCACAGCAUAGUAAAAGUGAACGUAUGGAACGGUGGAGCGCCAUCUCUACGACUGACCAAAACUAAAGUUACGACUCUUUAUAAAGGCUUGAAGCAGCCUGGCAGUUUACAUAUAGUACAUGAUACUAAACAACCUCCAGUACCAGACAAUGAAAAUGCAUGUAAAACACUAAAAUGCCAGCACAUUUGUCUUCUUGGAAGCAGUUCAAGAGAGGCUUCAUGCUUUUGCAGAGCCGGGUAUAUUUUGGAGUAUGACGGGUUAUCAUGUAAACAGCCAAAAGAAGAACAAAAAUUCUUGUUAAUUGGGAAGACCAGACCAGGCGAAAUAAAAGCUGUCAACAUGUUCAAACCAGAACAUACCAUCGAGCCGAUUGUUCCAAUUGAGAACUUACAAAAUCCUAAAGCAAUCGACUAUUACAAUGAUAGUUCCGGUGAUCGCUGGGUCGUUUUCUCGGACACGACGAGAUUUGUCAUUGCGAAACGGAAGAUUGGGAGCUUAGUAGAUGAGAUUAUCUUCAGCAGUGGCAUCCAUACUUGUGAAGGUCUUGCCAUUGACUGGAUGAGCGGUAAUCUGUAUUGGACGGACGAUGGAUUCAAAACUAUUUCUAUAGCGAAUUUAACUAACCCAAAUGGAUACCAAGAUUCAACUAACACUACUGAAUCGAAGCACUACAUUCGCAAAGUUAUAGUCGAAGGGAACGUAACUCAUAUCAGAACUAUUGCUUUACAUCCUGCGAAAGGUAUCAUGUUCUGGACAGACUGGAAAGACCAGGAAUUGCCAGGAAAGUUUGGACAGAUUGAAAAAGCUUGGAUGGACGGUUCUAACAGAGAUGUUUUUGUUUCGGGGCCAAAUAUUUUAUGGCCUAACGGCCUCACAAUUGACUACAAGACAAAUUAUGUAUAUUGGGCUGAUGGACAUUUUGACAGAAUCGAAAGACAACAUAUAAACCGCAGAGAUAGGAAGAUUAUUUACAGUGGAAAAUUUGGCGAUCUUGUUCAUCCAUUUGGACUUGCAGUUUAUAAUGACGGAGCGGAGAAUAAAUUUUUAUUUUGGACAGAAUAUCGUACUGGAUACCUGAUGCGAUUAAAUCUUGGAGUGCUGGAUAGCGGAAAGAAUCUCACGAAGAGAGAUUCUAAAGUUAUGCAGUUUUAUGAUACACAAUUAUACGGGGCUGUUGUAUUUGACUUGGACCAGCGCAAAGGGGUGACAAAAUGUUCUUCCAAACCUUGUAGUGAUCUUUGCCUUCCAGUCCCUGUUGGGGAGGGAUACGUCUGUCAAUGCCCGGAUAACAGAGAGUUAUUGUCUGACCGGAAGACAUGUGUUGAUAAAAAGAAUUAUACUGCUCCUCCGCUAUGCAAGGAUAAAGGAUACUUUGCCUGCAACAGCGGGCAUUGUAUAAUGAGUCAAUGGAAAUGCGACGGAGAAAACGAUUGCUCGGAUAAAAGUGAUGAGGAUUGGGAAACUUGUCAAAACUCAACAUGCGGGGAAGAUCGAUUCAAAUGCCAAGAAGCCGGUAUAUGUAUCCUCACCCAAUGGGUUUGCGACAACGAUAAAGAUUGCCCUAAAGGGGGUGAAGAUGAGGACCCAGAACUAUGUAAUUCAAGGACAAGAAGUUGCCUCGAUUCUCAAUUCCUUUGCGACAACGGUGCGUGCAUUCUUAAGGAAUGGGUCUGUGAUCUUGAUAACGAUUGUGGAGAUGGAUCGGAUGAAGAGGCGAAUUGUACCUUCACUGGUUGCAAUAAUACAACUGACUUCAAAUGCAAUACCGGUAUGUGUAUUCCUAGCUCAUGGAAAUGUGAUGAGGAAAAUGACUGUGUGGACAACAGUGAUGAAGAUGUUUCAGCAGGUUGUAAUUAUGGAUGUGAAUCUCCAUUUGAGUUCCGAUGCGCAAACUGGGAAUGCAUUCCAUCAAGAUGGAGAUGUGAUGGAGCUAAUGAUUGUGUCGAUAACUCUGAUGAGUUAGAUUGUUCUGAAGAGGAUAAUUCACCAACCAUAAGAGAAUGUAACCCACAGGAAGAAUUUACGUGCGGCUCCGGCGCAUCUUCGGCUGUAGGUGGGGGUAAAUGCAUAUCAAAAAGUUGGAAAUGUGAUGGCGACCCAGACUGUAUGGACGGCAGUGACGAGGCAAACUGUAAAGUCGGCACCUGCUCUCAGAAUGAGCGAAAAUGCUUGAACACAUCGGAAUGUAUUUUUGCCACCUGGUGGUGUGAUCAGGACCCGGAUUGUGAGGAUAAUUCUGACGAAGCUCAUUGCGUAUGCGAGUUUGGAAACGAUGGGAAACCUAGGCAUCGAUGCCUUACUUCGGUUGGAACGUACGACUGCGUACCUAAAUGUGAUGGACAUGCAGAUUGUGUAGACAGAUCAGAUGAAAAAAACUGUGUUUACAACCAUACCUGUGCCAAUGCUGGCUGUGGAUACAAAUGCAAUCAAACCAAGAACGGUUUCCAGUGUUAUUGUCCGAAAGGAAGAAGACUGAUGGUUGAUGAAAGGAAUUGCGAAGACAUUCCCUACUGCUCCGAGCAUGGUAUCUGCUCUCAGAUAUGCAUUCCUAUUCACCCUGCUUACGUCUGUAAAUGCAAUCCUGGAUGGACUCUUGCUGGCGAUAAGAAAACUUGCCGAUUUGAAAAGAAGAGACCUCCGCCAUUUGUGCUGUUCUCUAACAGACAUACGAUCAGAAGCGUUCAUCUUAACAUGGAUCGCCUUGACAGCGCUCCCGAAUACAACUUGUUAUCAACAAUAGUAGCGAGUCGACUUCAACAUAUUAUUGCUAUAGAUUUCCAUAUGAAAGACUCACAGAUCUACUACUCUGACGUCCUGGACGAUCAUAUUGUCAGAGGAAAGUUAAUAUAUGAUGAAAAGAACAAGCAUCUCAAAAUGACCAACAAAGAAGUUUUGAUCAACCAAGGUCUUGCGACACCUGAAGGAAUGGCUAUCGAUUGGAUAGCAGGACACAUCUACUUUGUGGAAUCCAGUCUUGAUCAGAUGGAAGUUUCUAAUUUAGAUGGAACGAAUCGCACUGUACUCAUUGCCGGGAAUAUGCACAGUCCGAGAGCUGUGGCUUUAGAUCCACGAGAAAAGUUUGGGCUUCUCUUUUGGACUGACUGGGAAGAAACUAAAGCCAGAGUUGAGCGCAGCACAAUGGGUGGAGAGGAGAGGUCUGCAAUCUGGAUCGCAAAAAGUAAAGAGGACGGCUGGCCUAAUGGACUCACACUUGAUUACUUAUCCAACAGAGUGUUCUGGGCUGAUGCCAAAUCAGAUGUCAUAAGAUCAAUGAAGUACGACGGCAGCGAUGUUUAUAUUGUAUUAAAACAUCAUCAAUGGCUGACGCAUCCGUUUUCGAUAGCGCUAUACGGCCAUCAUAUCUUCUGGACCGAUUGGCGAACCACGAUGAUAGUGUCUGCGAACAAAUGGACUGGGAAAAACGUUACCGUUGUUGAAUUAUCAGUCGUGCAACCUUUUGAUAUCAAAGUUUAUCACGAAAGCAGGCAACCAGAUGCUCUAAACCCAUGCGAGGUGAACCUUUGUGACGGCAUGUGUCUGAUCUCAUAUGCAGAAGUUCUUCACCCGGGAAGAAACUACACCUGCAAAUGUCCUUAUGGAUAUAUUCUUGAUAGCGAUGGUUUUGGAUGCAACAAAGAGUCGAAGAUAUUGUUCUAUGUCUCUCCAGGAGAGAUCCGAGGCCUCCAAACAGACAACUUAAACUACAGUGCGACGGUAGCUCUUACAACGCCCUAUUUAUCAAAUUCAACUGUAUUAGCCUACCAUGUUGCUAACGAGAGAAUAUACUGGGCAGAUGCUGAGCGGGGAUCAAUUAGAAGUGCUUUUAUCAAUGGAAGCGGAUUGGAGAGUGUAAUUACAACGGAUGUUGACAAUCCACAUGGCCUUCUUGUCAGUCCUUCAUCAAACACUAUAUAUUGGACGUCGUACACGAUUGUUAAGAAAAGAAACAAAACAAUGAAUGCUCAUAUCAGUGUUGCCAGUCUGAAUGGAAAGCUCACACACAGGAUCAUAACUUCUGCCAAUCUCCCAGGACUAAACAAACCUCGAAGUUUGACAGCAGAUUUCGAGCAUUCCUUGUUAUUCUACGCAGACGACGACGGAAUCUACAUGCUCUAUCUUGACGGUUCAGAUCCUUUGCAAAUUUAUCCUGGAGAAAACAUACAAUAUGUUCGGUUUGACAAGAGAGAUUCCACAGAAGGUGAUGGGUCCUACAAAGAUGUCUUGUAUUUUAUCCAGAACGGCGUGCUCAAGAUGCUCACAAACUCUCCCGAACUUGACAUCAUCUGGAAUGCUACGGCUGUUGCCAUGACACCAACUCUUCCAAAUAUGAAGGCGCUAGAGGUCCACGAUGGGUUGAUUUAUGUUGUCACAGUUGAGGGAGAAGAAGAUGACAAAGUCUAUACGUUAUAUUCAUCAAGUACGUCGAGUCCUGGCGUUUUCACGAAGCGAACAAAUUUGCCGUCUCUUGUGACCGACUUAGCUUUCUAUGAUACGGAAAUGAAGGUUCAUAAAACUGGUUGCUCAGUGAAUAAUGGAGGAUGUGCCCACUUGUGCCUGCCUUCAUACCAAGGAAGAGUGACUUGCAACUGUACGACUGGAUAUCAACCUAAUGGGAAUGAGUGCAAUGGGAUGCAGGACUUUCUUCUCUAUCACACAAGCUCAACCAUAUACGGAUACAACAUCGAUCACAUGUCGGAACUCGCUAUGAUUCCUGUGAUAGAACAAGUCGACGUCUUUUCCGUGGAUUUCUACACAGCUGAAAAUCUAAUCUUUUGGGUUGACACUUCAAAGAACACAAUAUUCAAAGCAAAUCGCGACAUGUCCUCACAAGGAAUCUUAUACGCUGUUCGAAGACCUGCAAGUUCAAAGCGUGUUCCAGUGGGACUACUUUAUGAUAAAGACUGCAUUCGAGGAGUCGCAGUUGACUGGAUGGCUAAGAAUGUAUAUUGGACGAAUCCUUGCAUGGGAACCAUUGAAAUGAUUCGAUUGGAUGGGAAAUAUUCCCGGAUUGUUUAUAAGAAACGGAGUAAACCAACACACAUAGCUUUACAUCCAGCGAAAGGAUUGCUAUUUGUUACUGAGUGGUCGCCCAAUCAUCCUGGAGUUAUCCGUAUGAAUUUGGAUGGGUCAAAGGUCAACCAAAUAGUCAGAGUUCACACCAAGUUUCCUUCAGGACUGGCCAUAGAUUUUGAGAAUGAUCGAUUAUACUGGUCAGACUUGACGUUGAAAGCCAUAUUUUAUUCUGACUUCCACGGGAUGGAACGAGCCGAACUUAUUCAAAGCGACCUCAUAAGGCCGACAAGUUUGUCAAUAUUCAAUGGAAGAAUAUAUUGGCUGGAACAUUUCAAAGUGGGACUGGAUGGUUCUGUUCUAAGCUGCGACAAUUUGGACAAAUGUGAUGAAAAAUCAAUUGUGACUCAUAAACCAGGAGCCUCCAGUGGCGGACAACCAAAAGGAAUGAAGAUUUACAGUCCGUCAAGACAAAACGGAACGAAUCCAUGCACUGUUAAUAAUGGUGGUUGUGAACAGCUAUGUUUUUAUCUUGGAGAGACAGACGGUAUGAAGUGUGGAUGCUCACAUGGGAAGAUCAACGCAACUAAUUCAUCUGCUUGUGAUCAAUAUUCCACAUACAUCAUGUACUCCAGAGGAAACACUCUCGAAAGCAUAAACUUAGAAGACAUUGCUGAUCCCAACGGCCCUGUUCCUCCGAUCUGGCAUCGGACAUACGUCAAGUCAGUGAUCGCCCUCACUCAAGAUUUUUCGACCGGCCGAGUGUUUUACAGUGAUAUGAUGGCUCGAAGCAUUUAUGUUGUGAAACCUAACUCACAGGAUCCAAAGGAAAGAGUUCCCAAAGCAGUUAUUGAUAACGUGCAGACAGUGGAAGGCAUUGCAUAUCAUCAUGGGCAAGACGCCAUCUACUGGACGAGCUUCACAAAGUCUGCGAUUAUGAGACAUUCAUUAGGAAACGGGAAGUUCUCCUUCGAUAAGCAAACUAUCGUAGCACGAAGAAACGACAAUGACAACUUGAGGGCGCUAGUGAUCAGCGAAUGCAACGACCCCAACCUUAUAUUCUGGACAAAUUGGAACAAGAAAUCACCAGGAAUCUACAGCGCUCUCACUGAUGGAUCGGGAGUUCGAAUGAUCAUAUCCACUGAUAUCGCGAUUCCUAACGGCCUUGCUAUUGACGUGAACUCGAAGUUAUUAUACUGGGCCGAUGCUAAGUUGGAUAAAAUUGAAAGUUGUGAUUUCACUGGCACUAAUAGAACGGUUAUUCUUCGAGGAGAUGUCAGACACGCUUUCAGUCUGACAGUCGUCGGUGAAUUCCUGUACUGGACGGAGUGGUCUCGCAGUCAAGUCCUCAGAGUUCAUAGAUUCACAGGAAACCAGUUUGAAAUAUUGAGAAAUAAUUCAGACUCAAAGUUAAUGGGAAUUCUGGCUGUUUUCAAUGAUUCCUGCAGUGCAGGUCCAUGUGUCCCCAACCCAUGUGGUGAAGGACAAUCAUGCUAUCGUAAAUUCAAUGACCAAUAUGAUUGUGUAUGCGAAGAUGGUGAACUGGCUAUCAAUGGAUCAUGCAUUGAAAUUAUACAUGUGAGUGGCUGCCAGGGCCGGGAGGAGUUUGACUGCGGGGACGGACUUUCUAAAUUUGAAGACAGAAGGGACAGAAGGGUAACGCUACGUUGCAUCCCGUACGAACUGACUUGUGACGGAACCGAAGACUGCUCAAAUGGAGCUGAUGAGGAACCAAGAUAUUGUAACGUCAGACGAUGCAUAGAUGGUUACGUCAUGUGUAGGAACCAGAAAUGUGUUCCGCAGCAUUACUUCUGUGACGGAGUGGAUCAGUGUGGCGACGGUUCAGAUGAGAAACCUUGCCCUUGUGACGAUGAUCAAUUCAAAUGUAGAGGUACCGGCCAGUGUAUUCAUUCAUCGAAACUGUGUGAUACUGAGUUUGACUGCGUACAUAGGAACGGAACAAUCGAUAUUUCGGAUGAAGACACGAGGCAUACCUGCUGUGAGCAGUGUUCACUAUUAGCGCACUUUUUUGCGGAAACCAAGUAUAAACAAAACUGCAAGACAACAGAGUUCUCGUGCGAAAACACGACUAAAUGUGUUCGACAGGAUUUCAUCUGCGAUCAUGAUAACGAUUGUGGCGAUAACAGCGACGAGAAGAAUUGUUCUCUGACAAAAGGACCUGUUGCAAACUGCUCAGUUGAGUUCUUCCAAUGUGACAAUGGGGAAUGCAUACCUUGGAGCUAUAGAUGUGAUUUGGAUCAGGAUUGCAGCGAUGGAUCAGAUGAAAUAUGUGAUUUCAAAUGCACAGAAUCUGAAUUCAAAUGUGAGACUUCGGGAUCGUGCAUCGAUAAAGAAUACAUAUGUGAUGAAGAGAAUGAUUGUAAUGAUGGAAGUGACGAAAAAAAUUGCGGCGAAAUCAAAUGUGGCAAGGGCUUUCUACGAUGUGCUGACACUGGUAGAUGUGUACCGGACCGCUGGGUUUGUGACGGAGAUGAAGAUUGUCGAGAUGGGAGCGAUGAAAUUGGUUGUGACCAUGAAUGCACAGAGACUGACUUCCAAUGUGAGAACACAGGAGCUUGCGUCGAUCUAGAAUACGUUUGCGAUGGAGAAAAUGACUGCAAUGAUGGCAGUGAUGAGAAGCCUUGUAACACGUCAAACAUCUGCAGAAAAGAUCAGUUCCAGUGUUCAAAGGGAAACUGCAUUCCCGCCUCACUAAGAUGUGAUCGAUAUUACUCGUGUUCUGAUGCAUCCGAUGAAAAAGAUUGCGACUCUGACACAACUGAGACUCCAACCACCACCCCACCAAAUUAUUGUGAUAAUGCAACGCAUGUCAAAUGUGAUGACGGGACUUGCAUCAGUAAAGAAGUGACUUGCAAUCAGGUGAAAGACUGCCCUGAUUUUAGCGACGAAACUCAUUGUAACAUCAGAGAAUGCGAAAGAGAGAACAAAUGCCAACAAAUAUGUAUAGAAAAAACGUUCAAAUAUGAUUGCCAAUGUCGGGAAGGUUUUAGACUACACAGUGAUGGUUUUUCUUGCAUUGAUAUCGAUGAAUGUGCUGAGGCCGAUCCUUAUCCUCCUUGUUCACAGAUUUGUGUCAACAAGAAAGGUUCUUAUUCAUGCUCAUGCGCACGAGGAUAUCAUAUCAACACUUCUCAACCAGACUCCUGUGUGGUUGAUAAAAGCUCGGGCGAGCCUUACAUUCUGUUUGCCAAUAAAUAUUACAUCAGAGAAAUGAAGCUGAAUGGUUCAACUACUCGCCUUCACAUUAAAGGUCUUCAUACAGCAGUAGCGAUGGAUUUUCAUUGGGCCAUGCAAACCUUGUACUGGAGUGAUGUCAAUUCUGACCGAAGUUCUAUACAAAUGCACCAUCUACCAAGUGGUAAUCGAACCUAUGAUGCUACAGAUGCUGAAACUAUAAACAAAGUACAUUCUCAUGGAAUUGCUGUUGACUGGGUUGGAGGGAAUUUAUACUGGAGUGACAGAGUUGUUGAAACGAUUGAAGUCUCUUCGACCUCCGGAGCUUUCAGAAAAACUUUGGUUAAUGAAGGACUGGAUGAACCAAGAGCUAUUGCACUCAACCCACAGUUAGGGUAUCUUUACUGGUCUGACUGGGGAAGUUAUCCACAUAUUGGUAGGAUUGGUAUGGACGGCUCUGAGAAAAAGAUUAUUCUUGAUAACACAAUACUGAAAACCAUCAAGGGCAAAGACUGGCCAGAAAGGAAACUGACGUGGCCAAAUGCUCUGACAUUUGAUUACUCGACUAACAGGCUAUUUUGGGCAGAUGCAAAGGAAGACUACAUUGCUUAUUGUAAUGCUGAUGGGAGCAGACCUAGAAUGGUGAUUCGUCGAACAGCAGGAAGUAUUGUUGUACCUCACAUAUUUGCGAUGUCUUUGUUCGGAGAUAAUUUGUAUUGGACAGACUGGCACCAGAACUCUAUCUUUAAAGUUCAUAAAUAUAAAGGUUUAAACCAGUCACGACCGGUUCAACUUGUCAAGAAUCUGAUCCAUCGACCAAUGGAUAUCAAGGUCAUCCACCCACUCAGACAACCAGUGUCUUCUCAUCCAUGCACUAAAGGGAGAGCUAACUGCAGCGACCUGUGUCUUGUAACUCCUGGCGGAGGAUUCACAUGCGCUUGUUCGAAUGAUUAUAUCAUGACGAGACUGGGACAGUGUGUUGCAGAUUGCCCAGCAAAUAAGUUUGCUUGCAAGAACCAUAAAUGCAUCAACCAUUGGUGGAAAUGUGACGGUGAAGAUGACUGUGGAGACAAUUCAGAUGAACCACUAGAUUGCAGACCAUUCUACUGUGAACCUGGCAACUAUCAAUGUCUGAACAGCACAGAAGAACAUCACCAGUGUGUUAGCUCAUCUGCUUUGUGCGAUGGAGAGAAAGAAUGCCAGGAUGGAUCAGAUGAAUUCAAUUGUGAUCAUCAUGUCUGUCUUGAAACACAGUUUACUUGUCAUCUAUCCAGCCCUCCGAUCUGCAUCCCGGGACUUCGUCAAUGUGAUGGGAAAAAUGAUUGCAUUAAUGCAGAAGACGAGAAAGAUUGCCAUAAAACCCAAUGUGGAGUCGGAGAAGUUCAUUGUGGAGAUAUAGCAGUGAAUAUGACAUCAUCAAUGGAUGAUGUCAUACCCAGAGAAUGUAUACCAAGAUCAUGGCUUUGUGACGGGGACGCUGAUUGCAAAUCUGGGGACGACGAAAAAAAUUGUAACGAGACUGUUUGUAAGGAAAAUGAAUUCAAAUGCAAAGGACCAUCAGGUCAAUGUAUCGUUGCGACCUGGAAGUGUGACAGGGACAAAGAUUGCAGAGAUGGAUCAGAUGAAGAUCCAGAAACGUGUGGCAAGAAAGAAUGUGACAAGUUGGAAUUCAGAUGCAAUAACAGCCAUUGCAUACCAACAUGGUGGAAAUGUGAUUACGAGAAUGACUGUGGUGACAACUCAGAUGAGGAUGGAUGCAAGCCACGUAACUGCAGUGAGAGUGAGUUUCGAUGCGGAGAUGAAAAAUGCAUUCGGGGUUGGUACGUCUGUGAUGGGGACGUGGAUUGCUCUGAUGCAUCAGAUGAAAAGAAUUGUAAAGAAGGAGGCGCAGGAGGAAACGUGACUUGCAAAGAGGGGACUUUCAAAUGUCCAGUAAUCGAAGGUUACGGUUACGCUGUUUGCCAUCCAGAUGCGUUCAAGUGUGACGGGGAGGCGGAUUGCAUAAACGGGACAGAUGAGGAAGGAUGUGAUGUGAAAACUCCUGUGUGUCCCGAGUUCAUGUUUCGUUGUCACGAUGGGGCUUGUAUUCCUUCUAAUUGGAAAUGUGACGGAGACAUCGACUGCCCAGACAGCAGUGAUGAAGGACCUGAAUGUAUCGGGUUGCACUGCCCACCACAGAGACCAAUAAAAUGUAGUAUGCACCCCGUCUGUUUGCCACCUUCAAAAACGUGUGAUGGUCGAAACGACUGUUACCAGACUCAAGAUGGGGAACUAUCAGAAGAUGAGAUAGACUGCCCAACAAAUUUGAAAGACAAUAAGAUUAACUCAACUCAUUGUAUCAUGAAUGGCACUCGAGAUAAAAUCUACGAAUACGGUUUUCCUUGCAGUAACGGACAAUGCAUCAAGUCUUAUCAUGUUUGUGAUGGCGGAUACCAUUGCACUGAUGGCAGUGAUGAAUAUACAUGCAGAAAAGUCAGCUGCUCAACGUCUGAUGGCUUCUGCAACACUCGACAAGGCGGACAAUGCCAUACAUUAACAGGCAUCCCGGCUACUGGGGCUUUCAAAUCAAUAUGUCUCUGCAAACCAGGCUACACUCCAGCGUCUCGGAACCGACUGGGUUACAUGAAAUGCAUCGACAUAAACGAGUGUAACUUAUUCUCUCCCUGCUCGCAAAGAUGCUUCAAUACACCGGGCUCGUAUCAUUGCACUUGUGAGAAAGAAUACACAAGACGGACACCUAAUGAAUGUCGGCCAAAAUCGUCAGACAAGUUGCCAGUAUUAAUUGUAGCAACUGGAGGAAGUUCUGUGAGAAUGCAAGAAUUCACGGAAGUUGGUUACGGAGUGAAAACCGGUCCAUUGAAGUUAUUAAGCACAACUGUAAUGAGAAUAGAAAGCAUUUCAACUGAUGGUACCAAUGUCUUCUGGACUGAUAAAAAGACUCGUUCAUUGUAUAAGUGGAAUGGGGAAAAUCAACCACAAAAGAUUUUAGACAUGGGAGCAUCUGAGGUCGCUGGUAUUGCUGUAGAUUGGUUCACAUCGAACGUGUUUUGGGUCGAUCGUAAAGGAGAAAUCAAAGUAGCUUCAACAACAGACUUGGAUAAACCAAUCUUGGAGUUGUACGAUAAUGAUAAGCAAGAUUAUUACGGAACCGGGCUGUUUUAUCCGGCUGAUAUUGCUCUGGAUCAUUUAGGAGGUUACAUCUAUGUUUCUGACAUUGGACACCGAGCAAGGAUUCUGCGUUAUCACACUGCUGGACCAGAAAUGUUUAAAAGUUCCCUUCACAGAACAAAACGAACUGUCAUCCCAGGUCCUUAUAGCUACAAUAUGCAGAUCAGCCAAAAUUUAGAAUACCCGUCGGGAAUUGCAGUGGAUUAUAUUACCCGACGACUUUACUGGGCAGACGCAAAACGCAACGUCAUAGAAAGUGUUGAUGACAGGGGUUACAAUAGAAUUCUUGUGCAUGACUUCGGCACUGAUCGACCUUAUAAGAUUACAAUUUGUGGAGAUUGGAUUUUCGGGACAACCAUGCGGACAAAUAAAGUGUUCCGCUUGCAUAAAUUAGCACAUCUUGUUUCAAUCGAAGGGAAACAUAGCUAUAUGAACAUUAAACUUCGAGAUAUUGAGAAAAUAACAUGGAUUGAGCAUUCUUCAAACUUGAUACCCAAGUUAGCCAUGAUAAAUCCUAUUCCUAAGGAACUCUAUGCUGCAAAGAAGGGUAAAGUUACCGAAACAUGCAAACAGUGUUCCUCUAAACAAUUUUGUAUAAACAAUAGGAACACUGAAUAUUUCUGCAUGGAUGAAUGUAAAUGCGGUCCAGGAUUUAUUUGUACAUUUAAUUUGAAGACAGGAAAGAAGAAUUGCAUUCCAAAUGACCUACCUCCCGGGUGGACAACAACGCCAACAAACCCGUCAUCCACUCCAGUGAAUCAGAGAAUGAUUGGGGGCAUUGUUGGUGGAAUAAUACUAUUGUUUGUCAUAAUAAUCAUUGUUGCAUUCAUUGUGAGACGAAUAAAGAGUAAUGGAGGAUUCCGUCACAAACGAAUGGAUAAUCGUUCUGUCAACAAUCCGCUGUACGUUGAACUGCAACCAGAUGGCGCUAUAUUACCAGAACGACUCGACAUUGAUGACGAUGACGCAAGCGAACCAACAUCUAACGGCGAAGCAAAAGGAAUGCUCUCUACUGACACUAGUGAUCUAGAUGAAUCAGAAAAGACGAAUUUCCACAAUCCUUUAUACGAUCGUUUGUUUACACGGACAGCUAACGGACAUCAAACUAGUGAAAAGACGCAACUUCUAGACCAUGACGAGCUUGCUGACGAAUCAGGAAGCGAGGAAGAAGCGACAUUAGUCGAUAUAACUGACGACACUCGCACUACAGAUAUACCUUCUCCUGAAGACCCAAUAUUAUAGCUUAAUUCAGUGAUUUAACCUUUUUGGGUAAUUCCCACUCAUUGAUAGUUUUGGCACUUUAUUCCUCCAUCGCUAUGCCAACUUUUCGAUAAUAGCCUCACUCUGCAUAUUUUGAAACCCUUAUUCCCUCACUAUGCGGUUGCUUAACUCAGUUGCUAUUCAUUGUUCAUUAUUUAAUCGAUAGUUACCUAGUGUUACGCUCAACUCGCACUUUGGUUUUUGCAUAGUAUGAAUAGUUCAUGAUGUGUGCAUACCGACAUACAGCGUGUCUAUAAAGUCCCUUUACAAUUUUGUUAUGAAGUCAGUUCUCAAUAUAUCUCAACCAAGUUUGUUGCUUUUUAAUCAGUAAUUGUUCAAGUAUUUUUACUUCAUUUAAUACAUCUGUGAGGGCCAAAACAAUAUAUGAUAUCGAUAAAUUCUCUUUGCGAUUUUAAAAAAUAUAAAAAUAUUUCAUGGACACCUUAUAUUACUAAUAACCGAACAAUAUCAGUCUUACUGUACGAAAAUACAGAAUGAAAUCUCCCUCCCAUCCCAAAAAAUUAUAAAUUCGUCCGUGGAAAUGAGUUUCUUCCCAGAUGGUAAAUGCUGACCUAAUUUUAAAAAUGCACUAGGUGGCAGUAAAGGGUUUAUAAACGUUUAUGCACUAGGUGGCUGCCAAGUGUUAACGACAUCUUUUAGAGAACCACCUCCCAGUAAGUUAAGUCAGAGUCUGAAUUAUUUAAUUUAGAUCGCUUGAGUGACUUUAUAUCUUUGAUAAAUCGUGAUUCGAGUGCAACUCUUGUCGAGUAGAUGAUUCCUGUGACGGGAACAUUGUCCCCGACAUCAAAAAGAUUUUCGUAUAGCGCAUAGGACACCCCACAUAAUACACAAAUGUUGAUGUUUUGCAUAGAAAUAAUGGCGCUCCUGAAGUGUGUGUACCAAUAUGGAGGUAACUAAUUUUGUUCGUCUAUUUUACAUCAAAUUGUGUGAAGGGACUGAAACAUAUGGGCAGGGGGUAUACUCACUUGGCUAACACAGACAGUCCCCAUACUCGUAAUAGAACUAAAAUAAGGAAAAAUGGAAUAAAAUUAUGGCUGAUCUGGUACACACACUAUGGGAGUAGCGAAAUAACAAACUAGAAGCAAUUUAUCAAAUAUUACAAAUGUGACCAAAUUUUUGUAUCUUUAUUUCAUACUUGUGUGAUUUUUGUAUUUUUAAGUCAUUAUUUGGUGUUGUAUUACUUUUUAUACUUAUUAUAUCUUUUUUUGCUCUGCUUUCAUCAUGUAUGCUCUUUUGAAAAUCUUAACUUAGAAUGGCUCCAAGUCAGUGAUUCCCUGGGGGCCAAAAUUAUAACCAAAAGGAUGUUUACAGGCCAGGAAAGGGAUGCGCAAGCGCCCACAAUGGGCCAAUAUCUGUAUAAUUAAAAUGUUAUGAAUAUACAAGUGCUCAAACUGUGAUUUUCACUUUCAAGUUUUGCGGGACGGAUUAAUCGUUACACGGUCUGUAAUUGGGCUGCAGUUUGGGAAC